AUGGCACCAGCAUGUGGGCAAGGCAUGGCGGGUCUGAAGAAGGGUAAGGCAUGUAAUGGCACCAGCAAAGGGGUAAGGCAUGUGCUGGCACUGGCGUGCCGGUGCAAGGCAUGUGCUGGCACCGGUUCUUCUUAUGGUGUUCUGUCACCUUCCCCUGGUCACCUUUUCCCUGGUCACCUUCCUGGUCACCAUCCUGGUCACCAUCCCCUGUCAUCCCUGGUCACCGUCCCCUGGUCACCGUCCCCUGGUCACCGUCCCCUGGUCACCUUCCCCUGGUCACUGUCCCCUGGUCACCUUCCCCUGGUCACCUUCCCUGGUCACCAUCCCCCUGGUCACCUUCCCUGGUCACCUUCCCUGGUCACCUUCCUGGUCACCUUCCCCUGGUCACCUUCCCCUGGUCACCUUCCCCUGGUCACACCUUCCCUGGUCACCAUCCCCUGGUCACCUUCCCUGGUCACCUUCUGGUCACCUUCCCUGGUCACCUCCCCUGGUCACCCAUCCCCUGCACCUCCUGGUCACCUUCCCUGGUCACCAUCCCCUGGUCAUCCCUGGUCACCAUCCCCUGGUCACCUUCCCCUGGUCACCAUCCCCUGGUCACCAUCCCCUGGUCACCAUCCCCUGGUCACCAUCCCCCUGGUCACCAUCCCCUGGUCACCUUCCCCCUGGUCACCAUCCCCUGGUCACCAUCCCCCUGGUCACCAUCCCCUGGUCACCAUCCCCUGGUCACCUUCCCUGGUCACCAUCCCCUGGUCACCAUCCCCUGGUCACCAUCCCUGGUCACCAUCCCCCUGGUCACCAUCCCCUGGUCACCAUCCUGGUCACCUUCCCCUGGUCACCUUCCCUGGUCACCUUCCCUGGUCACCAUCCCUGGUCACCAUCCUCUGGUCACCAUCCCCUGGUCACCUUCCCUGGUCACCUUCCCCAUCACCAUCCUCUGGUCACCAUCCCUGGUCACCAUCCCUGGUCACCUUCCUCUCACCUUCCUGGUCACCAUCCCCUGGUCACCAUCCCCUGGUCACCAUCCCCUGGUCACCAUCCCCUGUCACCAUCCCCUGGUCACCAUCCCCUGGUCACCUUCCCCUGGUCACCUUCCCUGGUCACCAUCCUGGUCACCAUCCCCUGGUCACCUUCCCUGGUCACCUUCCCUGGCUUCCCUGGUCACCUUCCUCCUGGGUCACCAUCCUGGUCACCUUCCCUGGUCACCAUCCUGGUCACCAUCCCCUGGUCACCAUCCUCUGGUCACCAUCCUCUGGCCUUAUCCCCUGGUCACCAUCCUCAUCACCAUCCCUGGGUCACCAUCCCCUGGUCACCUUCCCUGGUCACCUUCCUGGUCACCAUCCCCUGGUCACCAUCCCCUGGUCACCUUCCCCCUGGUCACCUUCCCCUGGUCACCAUCCCCUGGUCACCAUCUCCUGGUCACCUUCCCUGGUCACCUUCCCUGGUCACACCUUCCCCUGGUCACCAUCCCUGGUCACCAUCCUCUCUGGUCACCAUCCCCUGGUCACCUUCCUCCUGGUCACUUCCCUGGUCACCAUCCCCUGGUCACCAUCCCCUGGUCACCAUCCUCUGGCCACCUUCCCUGGUCACCAUCCUCCUGGUCACCAUCCCUGGUCACCAUCCCUGGUCACCAUCCCCUGGUCACCAUCCCUGGUCACCAUCCUCCUGGUCACCAUCCCCUGGUCACCAUCCCUGGUCACCAUCCCCUGGUCACCAUCCUGGUCACCAUCCUCGGUCACCUUCCCGGUCACCUUCCCUGGUCACCAUCCCCUGGUCACCAUCCCCUGGUCACCUUCCCCUGGUCACCUUCCCUGGUCACCAUCCUCUGGUCACCAUCCCUGGUCACCUCUUCCCUGGUCACCUUCCCUGGUCACCUUCCCUUGGUCACCAUCCCUGGUCACCAUCCCCUGGUCACCAUCCCUGGUCACCAUCCUGGUCACCAUCCCCUGGUCACCAUCCCUGGUCACCAUCCUGGUCACCAUCCCUGGUCACCUUCCUCGGUCACUUCCCUGGUCACCAUCCCUGGUCACCUUCCCUGGUCACCUUCCCUGGUCACCUUCCCCUGGUCAUCCUGCGCCACAGAAACACAGCGUCUCCACAGCGCCACAGAAACAAAGCGUCUUCACAGCGCCACAGAAACACAAGGGUUCUACAGCCACAGAAACACAGCGUCUUCACAGCGCCACAGAAACACAGCGUCUUACAGCGCCACAGAAACACAGGUCUUCACAGCACCAAAACAGCGUCUCACAGCACCACAAAAACAGCGUCUUCUGCACCAACGCGUUUCAGCAACACAAAAACACAGCGCCACAAAACAAAGCGCCACAGCGCCACAGAAACCCAGCGUCUUCACAGCGCCACAGAAACAUUAAGGCCUUUCACAGCGCCACAGAAACACAAAGGUUCUUCACAGCGCCACAGAAACCCAGCGUCUUCACAGCACAACCAGAAACACAGCGCUUCUACAGCACCACAGAAACACAGCGUCUUCUGCAGCACCACAGAAACACACAGUGCUUCUACAGCACCACAAAAACAAAGCGUCUUCACAGCGCCACAGAAACCCAGCGUCUUCACAGCGCCACAGAAACACAGCGUCAUCGCAGCGCCACAGAAACACAGCGUCUUCACAGCGCCACAGAAACACAGGUCUUCACAACACCACAGAAACACAGCGUCUUCACAGCGCCACAGAAACACAGGGCCUCACAGCGCCACAGAAACAUCGGCCUUCACAGCGCCAAGAAACACAGGUCUUCUAAUAGCGCCACAGAAACAAAG